AUGUUAUCUUUUCUACGGUCAGCACAGCCACCACGCACCAACAAUGCAAGGAACAACCCCAUUACCUACGAUUCUGGCCGCUCCUCAGUCAAAUUUGACAAGCCAAACUCAGACUACAUCAUGACCCAUCGCAUUCCGCCAACAACAAAGGAAAACGGCGUCUCCAUUGUCGCUCCGCCUUUCCAUUAUCAUAUCCACCAGGAUGAACAUUUCAACGUGCAAUCGGGCAUAGGUCGUUUUUACCGCGGCAUCUCCAAGGAGCCAUUUGCCGUUCUCUCUGACGAGCCUAGCGGCCAGCGUAAAGCCUCCAUCAAAGCAGGACGGUAUCAUCGCUUUGAGAAUGCAUCCGAGACGGAAGAUCUAGUGGUUGAUAUCCAAUUGGCGCCCGAGUCUUAUGAGAAUGAGCAGCGAUUCUUUCGGAAUUUCUUUGGAUAUUUGGACGAUUGCAGAGAAGCAGGAAAGCCACCUAGCUUCUUCCAGUUAAUGGUGUUUCUACAUGAUGGAGACACGCCGCUUGCAGUGCCAAUGCCAUGGGAGUGGCUGGGAAAGAUUGCGAGCAGGUUGCUUCUUUGGAGCGCAGCGUUUUGGGGACGAUUUAUUUUGGGAUAUAAGACGACAUAUUCCGAGUACUACGAGGAGACCAAGUCCAGAUAA